AUACCAAAUCCCAGCAUAAUUGCAGCUACCUGAUUCCUGACUCUUUCAAAUCUCUCUAUAUAUAUUGAGUUAGCAAUGCAUUCUUCCUCACUGCUCCAACAUAACUAAAAUGAAGAGAUCUUCUCUGCUGAGUCUUACAAAUGCUUUCUUCGUGCUCAUUCUGUGUGGCUUUGCCAAUGCCGCUGGACACCGUAAGAAUUUGAGGACAGAUUCCGGGACGGAGUGUGAAGACCUCUUUGGCCCCGCAUGCAACGACGGAUUUGACACCAAUGGCAUGAGUAGAAAGAGCUUUCCGGAGGGAUUUAUUUUUGGGACGGCGACUUCUGCAUACCAGGUUGAAGGAAUGGCUAGUAAGGAUGGAAGAGGCCCUAGCAUUUGGGAUGUUUAUGUUCAUCAACCAGGGCAUAUUGCUGAAAAUGCUACGGGAGAAGUUUCAGUUGACCAGUAUCACCGCUACAAUGAAGACAUUGAUCUUAUGAAAAAGUUGAACUUCGAAGCAUACCGGUUUUCGAUUUCUUGGUCCAGGAUCUUUCCAAAAGGAACAGGAGAGGUGAAUUGGAAAGGAGUGGCUUAUUACAAUAGACUGAUCAAUGCCAUGCUUGAUAAAGGAAUUACUCCGUAUGCAAAUCUGUAUCAUUAUGAUCUCCCAUUAGCCCUUCAAGAAAAAUACAAUGGAUUACUUGGUUGUCAAGUUGUGCAGGAUUUUGCUGAUUUUGCUGACUUCUGCUUCAAGCAAUUUGGUGAUAGAGUUAAAAACUGGUUUACAUUCAACGAACCGAGAGUUGUAGCUGCACUUGGAUUUGACAAUGGCAUAAAUCCUCCUUCCAGGUGUUCACCAGGAAUGGGAAAUUGCACAGCAGGAGACUCUGGAACCGAGCCAUACAUUGCAGCCCACAACUUGAUACUAUCUCAUGCAGCAGCAGUUCAAAGAUACAGAGAAAAAUAUCAAAAAACACAGCAGGGAAAGAUCGGAAUUCUGUUGGAUUUUGUUUGGUAUGAGCCUCUUACCAGAUCAAAGAAAGACAAUAAUGCAGCUCAAAGAGCAAGAGAUUUCCACAUUGGAUGGUUUUUACACCCUAUUACAUACGGUGAAUAUCCAAAAACGAUGCAAGAAAUUGUUGGAGAAAGGCUUCCGAAAUUUACACCAGAAGAAGUAUUGCUGGUGAAAGGCUCAAUUGAUUAUGUGGGUGUAAACCAAUAUACAACUUACUACACAUAUGAACCAGAUACUAAGCCUCAGCCCACAGCCUAUUCAAAUGACUGGAAUGCCAUUUUUGCUUAUGAGCGCAAUGGGGAGCCAGUUGGUCCACGGGCAAACUCUCCCUGGCUAUACAUGGUACCCUGGGGCUUAUACAAUGCAGUGACAUAUGUGAAAGAGCGAUAUGGAAACCCUAUCAUGUUUCUUUCAGAAAAUGGAAUGGAUGAUCCUGGAAAUCUCACAUUUGCUGAAUCCUUACAUGACACCACGAGAAUCAAUUACUAUAGAGAUUACAUAACACAGCUGAAGAAGGCCACUGAUGAUGGAGCAAAUGUACAAGGCUACUUCGCCUGGUCAUUGCUGGAUAAUUUUGAAUGGUUAUUGGGGUACACAGCUAGGUUUGGCAUAGUUUAUGUGGACUUCAAUACUUUGAAGAGGACCCCAAAGAUGUCUGCCUACUGGUUUAAGCAGCUGGCCAAGCGAGAAGAAUAAGGGUGAUGGGAUUUUUUGUUUAGGUUUUAUCGCUCCUUUUUAGGUUCUAGGCUUUAUGAGUUUUUCUUCUGGUUCUCGUUGCUUGUAAAUAAGUACUAAUAAAUUAAUGAAUAAAAUCAGCUUCUUAAUUUCUUUGUUGAA